AUAUAAAAUCCCCAGAAGAAGAAUCGGCCACAAUCACAUUCACAACUUCAAAUAUGCUAGCUAGGUACUUGGCCAAAGCGCAACGGGAGGAAAGAUAAGUAUAUCAAGCUAACUUAGCAUAGCUGUUCUGUCAUUUUCGGCGUUCAGCAUUAAAGGGCGAACUGUGGUCCUUGCGCUGAGUAGGAAUCAUCUCUGUUGCUAGUUAUCAGUGGUUAGCUAGCUAGCUAGCUAGCUGUCUUUCGAGGUCAUUCUCGGCAGUGCGUAUUGUUAGCUAACGAUACAGAAAUAUUUUUUUGAGACACUGUAUAGGCUUGACUAGGUAGACCGCAAACCUUUUAUCUAACUAACGCUAAACUGAAAGCCGUCCCCAGUUGGAAAGGAGACAUGAAUUGUCUUCCGUAUUUCUCCCGGGGGGAAGUCGUUCGAGGAUUCGGACGAGGAAGCAAAGAACUAGGGAUUCCCACAGCCAACUUCCCAGACUCAGUGGUGGAGCACCUCCCUGGCGACAUCAGCACAGGGAUCUACUAUGGCUGGGCAUGUGUGGGCAGCGGAGACAUUCACAAGAUGGUGAUGAGCAUCGGCUGGAACCCCUACUACAAAAACACCAAGAAAUCCAUGGAGACUCAUGUGAUACACACGUUUAAAGAAGAUUUCUAUGGACAGAUCCUCAGUGUAGUCAUGGUGGGCUACAUCCGUCCAGAGAGGAGCUAUGACUCGCUUGACGCCCUCAUAGCAGCAAUCAACAAUGACAUUGAGGAGGCCAAGAGAAACCUGGAGCUCCCUGAACACCUCAAACUCAAAGAGGACAACUUCUUUAGAGCCACCGCCAGCACGUCCAUGACAACAUCCAACAAGAUCAUGAACGGCCACUGACCUCUGAGCACAUCACACAACCCUGUCUGUUGUUCGACAGCUAAUGGGCUCUCCUGUAUGUUAUCCUCUGCUCUGUCUUUCUCUCUGUAAUCACUACCACACCAAUGGCCAAUAUGCCACUUAUUCAGUCCUCUGUAGAGAUUUUGUUUUGAGGAUCAAAUCUUCGUAUCUGACCUGAAGCUACAUUUAGACCAUGGUCGUGUUCAUUAGGGCACAAUACCAAAAACCGUUAUAAAAGUUUUCCAAUGGAGAACGAGUUUCUUUGUCGGACAAGUUUGGUCCCUAAUGAACACGACCAAGUUAAUGCAAGAUAAUGUGCAACUCCAGGAAGUGAAUGUGAUCUUUGUGUGUUGAGGGGGAACAAAUUGUGUCUCGUCACAAGCCCUGUACCAUCAAACCACUGCUAAUAGAAAUGAAUGGUCGUUUUGUAUUGGAGUUUAGUCUCAGCUUUGCCGUCAAAGUUUAUUCAUCCUUUUCAUAUUCAGAUGUAUUAAAAAUGUCUGCCUUGAAGCAGAGAAGUCCUCAAUUGCAUGUAAUCUAGGCUAAAUAAUUGCAUUAUACACUUCGCUGAAUUCAUGUGCUUUAUUUUAUUUGAUGUACAGUAUGGCUAGUUUUUAUAAUAUAUUACUGUUUUCGUAGACAAAUCUGUGAAUGAGAGUAUCUAUUCCCUGUCCCUACCCCCUCAGAUUUUGAGCUACGUGGUUGGAGAAAAUGUCAAUGCAGCUUCAGCUUUCUGCUGUCCUUCAUUUGUAUAGUUCCUCAUUGGUCAAAUCCAGCAUUUUACCUCCCCAGAAAUGAGGGACAUUUUAUUUAAGUUUUGUGAGGUAGAAAAUAACCAAAUGACCCCACUUAAGUGUCUGAAAGUUUCAACAAUGUAGUUUUUACUGGCUUAACCAUGUUUGGACCCUAAUUCCACUGAGAUGAGCAAUGAUAUGGUACAAGAGGAGUAAGUCCAGGCCUCUGAUUCUCUACCGAUAGAUGCGGUGGGCAUGUUUUUUUUUGUCGUUUUCUCAGAUGACAGAGUGUCGAGGAACAUACAUAUGUAGUGCUUUAUAGCGCCUGUAAAUAGCCUAGUUCAAAAUGAGUUGUGAGUUCAUGUGAUUUGAGAUGUACUGUAUUUAAGAGUCUCUAAUAUUGGCAGAGGAAAAAAAUAUGGCUAUUCAUAAUAUAUUACUGUUUUCGUAGACCGAAUCUGGAAAUAAGAGACUAUAUUCCUCUCAAAAA